AUGGAGCGAGUUGUCGAGGAGCUGGCGAGAGAGUUCAGGGGGGAAAGAACAAGGAAUGAGAAGCAGAGAGUCGAUGCCGGUGGAGAGGUUCACGGGGAGACGGUGGACGAGGGUGGAGAUGGUUUUUCUCUGUCCCUGGAUGUGCCGCGAUUCUCCCCUGAAGAACUGAAGGUGAAAGUACUUGGAAGGAAAGUGCUGGUGACGGGAAAACACGAGAAGAAGAGCGAGGACGGCAGCGGCUCUUACAGCUACAAAUACGAAGAGUUCAGGAGGGAGUUCCAGCUGCCAGAUGACGUCGAUGCUGAAGCUCUGAACUGCUGUUUGUCCCAGGACGGUCGGUUAAAGGUUCGAGCCCCACGCCUGGCGCUGCCGGCUGCGGAUGAGCGAGGCGUCCCCAUCAACGUCGCCUCUGAUACAACAACCGGUCCGCGUUUAAAUCCCGGUGGAGAGGCGCAGGAGCAAGAGAGUGGGAACGCUGUGGGGAACAAGUCAUCGGCUGUUCAACAAUGA